AUUAUCUACGUUUUUCUAGCUAUAAAAGAGAACCAAAAACUGAACGACUUACAUCAAACAUUUGUCUUUGAGGACUAAUCAUCUCAAAAAGUCAAAUCGAAAAUGAAGGUCUACAUUUUCCUGUUCAUUGUGUUGUUGGUUAACGUGGUGAAUGGAUUAGAUCAUGAUUUAUAUGGAGUAUCUCACUUAUUGCUAAACCGAAGGCAAAAACGACAGUUGAAAUCAUCUGAUAAUCAUGUGAGUCCUCGUCCACUUGAAGUACAACCCCGACAAAUAUCGCUAUCGCGAGAGGAGUUAAAGAAGAUAUGUGCUACUCCUACUACUGCCCCUACAUACCGUUAUCCAUAUUAUGUUGGAUAUGUGUAUAUUCCUACUUUGUGUCCUCCCGAAACAUCUUCAACAUCUUAAUGAAAUGAUAGAUUUAACAAAGUAGAGAUUCGCACCUAUUAGUUAUGGUAUUUAUCAACUAGUGUGGUACCACUCAUUUUGCUGCUUGCACUGAUCCAAUAUAUAUAUGGCUUUAAACAUACCAGGGUUGUUUCUAAUAAAUCUCAUAACUCAUA